AGAGCCCAGCUUUGUCCGAUCACGUUAGGGCGUGGCCGAUCAGAAUUAUACGCCCCGUCAGCGUACAGCUGCAGGCGGCAUCUCAUCCCCUCGUUUCUCUUCCGCUCGCUCUCAUCGUCCAAUCUCGCAAACGAUCGCGUUGUGAUCGUCUGCGCAGCCUUUUCCUCGUUGCUUUCCGCCGAGUCGUGCGACCGUCCAUUUUCCAACCAUGGACGAAAAUCUGUACGACGAGUUCGGAAACUACAUCGGACCGGAGAUCGCGUCCGAUGAGGAAGAGGAAGAGGAAGAGGAGGAUCAGGGCCAGGAAUUAGCAGACGGCGAAGGCGGAGCAGGAGGGGAGAUGAUCGGAAUGGACGAAGAUGACGAGGAGCCGGAUAACGAGGGAGCGGUGGUGCUUGCUGAAGAUAAGAAGUAUUAUCCAACGGCGGUGGAGGUAUACGGAGAGGACGUCGAAACCCUAGUCGAGGACGAGGACGCUCAGCCGUUAGAGGAGCCGAUCGUCAAGCCGGUCCGGCAGUUCAAAUUCGAGGUGGCGUCGAAAGGCGUGCUGGCGACGUACGUGUCGACCGAGUUCACCGUCGGAUUGAUGAAAAAUCCGACACUGGUCCGAAACGUCGCUCUAGCCGGCCACCUCCACGCGGGAAAAACCCUCCUGAUGGACAUGCUGGUCGAAGCCACCCAUCCUGACGUCAUCACAUUAAAUCCCGAGAGCCAGCGGCAUAUGAGGUUCACAGACACGCGCGUGGACGAGCAGCAGCGGAUGAUCAGCAUUAAAGCCGUUCCCAUGUCGCUGGUUCUGGAGGAUUCCGCGGGGAAGUCGUUUCUGUGCAAUGUGGUGGACACGCCCGGGCAUGUGAACUUUUCGGAUGAGAUGACGGCCGGGAUGCGCCUGGCGGAUGGGGUGGUGCUGGUCGUGGACGCCGUGGAAGGGGUCAUGGUGAACACGGAGCGAGCACUGAAGCAUGCGUUGCAGCAGGGUCUGGCCAUCACGCUCUGCAUCAACAAGGUGGAUCGUUUGAUAACAGAGCUGAAGCUGCCUCCCCCAGACGCCUACCACAAGCUGCGCCACACCCUAGAGGAAGUCAACGCCCUCAUCGCCUCCUACGCUCCCCCCGCCAUAGCCGCCCGAACCUCCGGCUCAGGCUCGGCAGUCGCCGCAGCUGCCAUGCCUUCCGAGGCUCCCCAGCUCGACCCGGUCCUAGGGAACGUCUGCUUUGCUUCGGCAGCUGCAGGCUGGUCGUUCACCCUCCUUUCCUUCGCCCGGCUUUACACCCAAACCCACGGGGUUAAUUUCGAUCCUGACCAGCUGGCGAAGCGGCUGUGGGGUGACCUGUACUACCACCCCGACACCAGAUCCUUCCGAAGGAAGCCGCCCGCAGGUGGCGGCGAGCGGACGUUUGUGACGUUUGUCCUGGAGCCACUGUACAAGCUGUACUCUCAGGUGGUGGGGGAGCAUAAGAAAAGCGUGGAAGCCACUCUAGGCGAGCUGGGGGUGUCCCUCCGUCCGUCUACCUACAAAAUGAACGUUAAACCGCUGCUGAAGGCUGCUAUAGGGGCUGUUCUAGGGGGUGGGGUGGGGGGUUUGGCUGAUAUGAUUAUCCGGCAUUUGCCCUCGGCGAAAGCUGCUGCUCCUGUGAAGGUGCAGACGACGUACACUGGCCCUCUGGUGGGGAAACGAGCGGCUGCGAUGCUGUCCUGCAGCGCGAAGCGACGAGGGCCGUUGAUGGUGCACGUGACGAAGCUGUACCCGAAGCCGGACUGCUCGGCUUUUGACGCCCUCGGGAGGGUGAUGUGUGGAACGCUGAGGACCGGGCAGACGGUUAGGGUUUUGGGCGAGGCUUAUUCGCCGGACGAUGAGGAGGAUAUGUCUGUGAAGGUGGUUACUAAGUUGUGGCUGUACCAGGGCAGGUACAGGGUUCCGAUUUCGUCCGCUCCGGCCGGCUCUUGGGUGCUUAUAGAGGGAGUGGACGCGUCUAUAACGAAGACGGCUACUCUUUGUGAGGAAUUCGGGCAGCAAGGGGGGUACGGGGGCGCGGAGGAGGACGAGGAGGAGGAGGCUGGGGGGAAAAAGGGAGGAGCGGGGCGGUGGGGGGGAGGAGGGGAGGAGGAGGAGGAGGAGGAGGAGGAUGAUGAGGAUGUGUUUAUCUUCUCUCCAUUGAAAUUCAACACGGUGUCGGUGGUCAAAGUGGCCACGGAGCCCCUGAACCCCUCGGAGCUGCCCAAGAUGGUGGAGGGGCUGCGGAAGAUCAGCAAGAGCUACCCACUGGCUGUCACCCGGGUGGAGGAGUCGGGCGAGCACACGGUGCUGGGCACAGGCGAGCUGUUCUUGGAUUCCGUUAUGAAGGACCUCAGGGAUUUAUUCUCUGAAGUCGAAGUGAAGGUGGCUGAUCCUGUGGUGUCGUUUUGCGAAACUGUGGUGGAAACGUCCUCCCUCAAGUGCUUUGCUGAGACGCCCAACAAGAAGAACAAGAUCACCAUGAUUGCAGAGCCCAUGGAGAAGGGCCUGGCAGAGGAUCUAGAAAGCGGUGCAGUGUCCCUGGACUGGCCCAAGAAGCGCAUGGCGGAAUUCUUCCAGACGAAAUACGACUGGGACUUGCUGGCAGCACGUUCCAUCUGGGCCUUUGGCCCUGACAGACAGGGGCCCAACAUCCUGGUGGACGACACUCUCCCCAGCGAGGUGGACAAGAACCUGCUGUCUGCAAUCAAAGAAUCGGUGAUCCAAGGGUUCCAGUGGGGAGCAAGGGAAGGUCCUCUGUGCGAUGAGCCAAUGAGAAACGUCCGUUUCAGACUCCUAGACGCACUGGUGGCGCCCGACCCCCUGCAGCGGGGGGGUGGCCAGGUCAUCCCGACGUCCCGCCGUGUGGCAUAUUCGGCUUUCCUCAUGGCCUCGCCUCGCCUCAUGGAGCCCGUGUACUUCGUUGAGAUCCAGACCCCUGCGGACUGCAUGUCAGCCAUCUACACUGUCUUAUCUCGCCGUCGAGGCCAUGUGACAGGCGAUGCUGCUAAGGCCGGCACGCCUGCCUACAUUGUCAAGGCGAUCCUCCCAGUGGUUGAGUCCUUUGGCUUCGAGACUGAUCUGCGCUAUCACACGCAGGGGCAGGCCUUCUGUGUGUCUGUCUUCGACCACUGGGCCGUCGUGCCCGGUGACCCUCUCGACAAGAGUGUGGUGCUGCACCCUCUGGAGCCGGCCCCUGCCCAGCAUUUGGCCCGCGAGUUCAUGGUCAAGACCAGAAGACGCAAGGGCAUGAGCGAGGAUGUGAGCAUCAACAAGUUCUUCGACGAUCCUAUGCUCUUGGAGCUCGCCCGACAAGACGCAGAGCUGCAGCAAAUCCUCUGAGCACCAACGUGGUUGGUUUGUCAAUUUCUAAGAGAAUGUCACGCCGCCCGUGACUGCAUAACGUUGCUACCAGGCCCCUAGAUAUCAGACUUAUUACGCUGAUUCAGCCUUUUUCGAGGGAUUUCCGUGGUAGCAAGGCUUUUUGGCUGGGUUUUUUUUGUUGGUCAAUGCUGGAAAAUCAUCUCUUUUUUUAAGCCGAUAUCUGUAAUUUCAGUG